AUGACGCCCGGCAAACAUUCCCGUGCCUUAGCCGGAGCCGCUGACGCCGGGGGUUGGUACAGGGGCUCCAGAAGCAGCCAGGGAAGGCGGUGGUCGACCACUCCCCACCCAGUAGCCACCAUGCCCAUCUCUCCGGUAGACAGCCGCAAGCAGCCGAACGUCGGGGUAAACACUGGCGCACAGUCGAAGAGGACUAUUAGCUUUACUGGCCCAGCAAAAGGAGCGCAAAUGAAAGGAGGAUAUAUUAGUGCAAACCAAAGCAGAAUGGCUGGGUCAAAAAACAUGGUGAUUCUACCUGACCCCAAAACAGUAGAAAAAAUGAAUAUUUCCUCCACAAAGACAGCCAUGCGGGUGACUGAUAUACAUGGAGUUGAUGUUACUCCCAGACCUCUUUACCAUCCAGAUCCAUAUACUGGUACAGCAAAGCCAAAUAAACUAUUGACAUCACAAGAAGGAUCACGUACAUCAGACUUUAUAGCUUCCUAUAGCCUUUAUCAGAAUACAAUAAAUCCUAGUACGUUAGGGCAGUUUACAAGGUCAAUUUUAGGAAGCAGUACAGUUUCUAAGUCAAGUACAUCCACUACUGAAUCAAUAGUAGAAGACCUAGAAGAACCAUCCUUUAAACGGGAAAGGUUGGCUAGUUUUACAGAUUUACAAGUUAUUAGGGCAACACCUGGAAAAAUUGUAACAAAAGAAGACCUGGAGAAGACUAUAGAGAUAAUACUCACAGAGACAGAAACGAUGAACUUUUUUAACCUACCAACAGUCAUGGUUUCUGUAGAAUCUGAAGAAGCUGAGAAAGUAAGCCGGAGAAACAAGAACUAUGAGACUCUUUGUCGAAAUAGAUUAGGCAAUGACUUGUAUGUAGAAAGGAUGAUGCAGACGAUUAAUGGAGCACCAAAGAAUAAACACGUUCAAUGUGACAAAAUCAUGAAGGAAGACAAAGGCAUAAUGUCCACUGCUUGGGAUUUGUACGAUUCUUAUAAUGCUAUGGAGCUUUCAUCUUUACCAGUAAAAAGAUCUACAGUUGAUUCAAGUAGUAAAGCAAGCAUACCUUCUAAAGACUGGGACCAAAGACUGCCAGGGAGUAAUUUAGAAAAAAUUAGUGAAGGUAGUUCUCUAAUGGAUAUUGAAAAUGUAAUUCUGGCUAAAGUCCAUGAUGAAGAAGAAGACAACUCAGAGGCAGUAUUGAAAUCUGAUAAGUUCCAACAGGACUUAUUUUUUAUGGAACGAGUUAUAAUGGAAAAUAUGUUUCAGCCAAAACUUGCAGCUUAUCGUCAGCUUCCUGUUUUAAAAGAACCAGAACCUGAAGAACCUGAAGACUUUUUAGUAGGUGAAAAACUUGAAGAGGUAAAAGAAGAGGCUAAGAAGAAAGAGGAAGAAGAAACAGAAAUAGGUUCAGAACAAUCAACAAUACCAGCCAAUUUGGAACGACUUUGGUCCUUUUCCUGUGACUUAACCAAAGGCCUUAAUGUGAGCAGCCUUGCCUGGAAUAAAAAAAAUCCAGACCUUUUGGCUGUUGGCUAUGGGCACUUUGGAUUUAAGGAGCAAAAAAGAGGAUUGGCUUGCUGCUGGUCAAUAAAGAAUCCCAUGUGGCCAGAACGUACUUAUCAGAGUCCAUAUGGCGUUACUGCUGUGGAUUUUUCAAUUGGAGCACCUAACCUUUUAGCAGUUGGCUAUCACAAUGGCACUAUUGCGAUUUAUAAUGUACAGAGCAACAGUAACAUUCCAGUUCUGGAUAGUAGCGAAUCACCUCAAAAACAUUUGGGACCUGUAUGGCAACUACAGUGGAUAGAACAAGAUCGAGGGACAGCAGGUGAUAAAAGAGAAAUGCUAGUUUCUAUAUCAGCAGAUGGAAGGAUCUCCAAAUGGGUUAUACGGAAAGGACUGGACUGUCAUGAUUUGAUGCGUUUGAGGAGAACUACUGCUAGCAGCAGCAAAAAAGGAGGGGAAAAAGAAAAGAAAGGUGAAGCUUUGAUAUCUCGACAGGCUCCUGGAAUGUGCUUUGCUUUUCACCCCAAGGACACAAAUAUCUAUUUGGCUGGCACUGAAGAAGGUCAUAUUCACAAAUGUUCUUGUUCAUAUAAUGAGCAAUAUCUAGCUACCUACAGAGGACACAAGGGUCCAGUGUAUAAAAUAGCAUGGAAUCCAUUUUGUCAUGAUGUAUUCUUAAGCUGUUCUGCAGAUUGGGGCAUUAUUAUAUGGCAACAUGAGAAUCUUAAGCCAUUUUUGAGUUUUUAUCCAACUACUUAUGUUGUUUAUGAUGUUGCUUGGUCUCCAAAAUCAUCCUAUAUAUUUGCAGCUGCAAACGAGAGCAGAGUGGAGGUUUGGGACCUUCACUUCAGCACUUUGGACCCUCUGAUUGUGAAUGUUGCUAACCCUGGAAUCAAGUUCACAACUGUUCUCUUCACUAAGCAAACAGAUUGCCUUCUGGUGGGAGACAGUGAUGGACAAGUCGCUGUGUAUGAAUUAAGAAAUAUGCCCCCUGCUUUGGACUCUAACCGAGGAGAUAUAAUAGAUACUUUGCUUGGGCCCAAGUCAAAUCAAAGCAUAAUUCAUCAUCAGUAGUAUCUUUUUUGUUGUUGUUUAAAGGAACAGUGUUUAAUAUCCAAUAGUCUGGUUUGUAUGCAGUGAGCUGGGAUUUUGAUUA